AUGGGCAAUGAGGCCAGCCUGGAGGGCGGCGCGGGUGAAGGGCCGCUGCCGCCCGGAGGCUCUGGUCCGGGUCCGGGCCCCGGAGCAGGGCAGCCGCCUUCAGCACUAGCAGGCGGCGGACAGCUCCCCGCAGCUGGAGCUGCGCGAGCGUCGGGACCCCUGGCCCCUGGUCUCGGUCCGGUCCCCGGCCCCGGCCCCGGCCCCGGCCCUGGCCCGGGCAGUGUUUCACGGAGACUGGACCCCAAGGAGCCCCUGGGUAGCCAGAGAGCAACUUCUCCAACCCCAAAGCAAGCUUCUGCUACUGCUCCAGGCCGAGAAAGUCCCCGAGAGACGAGGGCUCAAGGCCCAUCAGGCCAGGAAGCUGAUGGUCCCCGCAGGACACUACAGGUAGACGGCAGGACACAGAGAUCAGGACGGUCCCCCUCAGUGUCACCAGACAGAGGCAGCACUCCCACGUCCCCCUACUCUGUCCCCCAGAUUGCUCCCCUCCCCAGCAGCACCCUGUGUCCUAUAUGCAAGACCUCGGACCUCACGUCGACCUCCAGCCAGCCAAACUUCAACACCUGCACCCAGUGUCACAACAAGGUCUGCAACCAAUGUGGGUUCAACCCCAACCCUCAUCUUACCCAGGUGAAGGAGUGGCUCUGUUUGAACUGUCAGAUGCAGAGGGCUCUGGGAAUGGACAUGACCACUGCGCCUCGAUCCAAGAGCCAGCAGCAGCUACACUCCCCGGCCCUGUCCCCUGCCCACUCCCCAGCCAAACAGCCUCUGGGGAAGCCAGAGCAAGAGAGAUCCCGGGGCCCAGGGGCCACACAGUCUGGUCCCCGCCAGGCUGAAACAGCCAGGGCCACCUCAGUCCCUGGGCCUACCCAGGCAACUGCCCCUCCAGAGGUGGGGAGGGUGUCUCCUCAGCCCCCCCUCUCUACCAAGCCUUCUACAGCUGAGCCCAGGCCACCUGUAGGAGAGGCCCAGGGCAAAAGUGCCACCACAGUGCCCUCUGGGCUUGGUGCUGGUGAACAGCCCCAGGAGGGCCUCACUGGGAAACUCUUCGGCCUUGGAGCAUCACUACUGACCCAGGCGAGCACCCUUAUGUCUGUGCAGCCAGAGGCUGACUCCCAGGGCCAGCCUUCCCCCAGCAAGGGGCCUCCCAAGAUCGUCUUCAGUGAUGCCAGCAAGGAGGCUGGCCCAAGACCUCCAGGCUCAGGGCCUGGGCCUGGGCCAACACCUGGAGCCAAAACUGAGCCUGGGGCAAGAACAGGUCCUGGAUCAGGGCCUGGGGCCCUGGCAAAAACUGGAGGAACAGCCAGCCCAAAGCAUGGCAGAGCAGAACAUCAGGCAGCAUCCAAGGCUGCUGCCAAGCCAAAGACCACGCCGAAGGAAAGGGCCACAUGCCCACUGUGCCAAGCUGAGCUCAAUGUGGGUAGCAAGGGUCCAGCCAACUACAACACCUGCACUACCUGCAAGCUCCAGGUGUGCAACCUGUGUGGCUUUAACCCCACGCCCCACCUGGUGGAGAAAACAGAGUGGCUCUGUCUGAACUGCCAAACCAAGCGGCUGUUGGAGGGCAGCCUGGGAGAGCCAGCCCCCAUGCCUCUGCCCACCUCACAGCAGCCCCCUGCAGGAGUCCCUCACCGUGCAGCUGGAGCAGCCCCUCCGAAGCAGAAAGGACCACAGGGGCUGGGCCAGCCAUCAGGCUCCUCCCCUGCCAAGGCCAGCCCUCAGGCCGCCAAGGCCAGCCCUCAGGCCGCCAAGGCCAGCCCUCCAGCCGCCAAGGCCAGCCCUCAGGCCAAGCCCCUCAGGGCUUCUGAACCUAGCAAGACCUCUAGCAGUGCCCAGGAAAAGAAGACAGGGAUCCCAGUUAAAGCUGAACCUGUGCCGAAGCCACCUCCAGAGACCACUGUGCCUCCUGGGACUCCUAAAGCAAAAAGUGGGGUGAAAAGGACUGAACCUGCCACCCCAGUCAUCAAGCCUGUUCCAGAAGCUCCCAAGGGUGGGGAGGCUGAGGAACCCGUCAGCAAGCCUUACUCUCAGGACCUGUCUCGAAGCCCCCAGAGCCUCAGCGACACAGGCUAUUCUUCCGAUGGUGUAUCCAGCUCCCAGAGUGAGAUCACAGGGGUCGUACAGCAAGACGUGGAGCAGCUGGACAGUGCAGGGGUGACGGGACCACGUCCACCCAGCCCCUCAGAGCUCCACAAAGUGGGAAGUAGCAUGCGCCCUUCACUAGAGGCCCAGGCGGUGGCUCCUAGUGGUGAGUGGAGCAAGCUACCCCGCAGCAGCGCUGCUGAGGACCAGAAACGGCGUCCGCACUCCCUGUCCAUCACGCCUGAGGCCUUUGACUCCGAUGAAGAGCUGGGGGAUAUCCUAGAGGAGGAAGAGGACUCUCUGGCAUGGGGGCACCAGAGGGAACAGCAAGACACAGCCGAGUCUUCCGAUGACUUUGGCAGCCAGCUGAGGCAUGACUACGUGGAAGAUAGCAGCGAGGGAGGCUUGUCUCCUCUUCCACCCCAGCCCCCGGCCCGGACAGAAAUGACCGAAGAGGAGUUCAUGCGGCGGCAGAUCCUGGAAAUGAGUGCUGAGGAAGACAACUUGGAGGAAGAUGACGCUGCUGUCUCUGGGCGAGGCCUGGCCAAGCACAGCACCCAGAAGGGAAGUGCCAGAGCCAGGCCUGAAUCUAGCCAAGAAUCGGUAGCAGUGUCCAAGAGGCGCCUACCCCAUAAUGCCACCACCGGCUAUGAGGAACUACUUUCUGAGGGAGGCCCAGCAGAGCCCACUGAUGGCAGUGGAGCCCUUCAGGGAGGUCUUCGCCGCUUUAAAACCAUUGAGCUCAAUAGCACAGGUAGUUAUGGUCAUGAGCUGGACCUGGGUCAAGGUCCUGAUCCCAGCCUGGACCGGGAACCUGAGCUGGAAAUGGAGAGCCUGACAGGCUCCCCUGAAGACCGCUCUCGCGGGGAGCACUCCUCUACCCUGCCUGCUUCCACACCUAGCUAUACAUCUGGCACCUCACCCACCUCCCUGUCUUCACUCGAGGAGGACAGUGACAGUAGCCCCAGCCGCCGGCAGAGGUUGGAAGAAGCGAAGCAGCAGCGCAAGGCCCGGCACCGCUCCCACGGGCCUCUGUUGCCCACGAUCGAGGACUCCUCGGAGGAGGAGGAGCUUAGAGAGGAGGAGGAGCUGCUGCGCGAGCAGGAGAAGAUGCGGGAGGUGGAGCAGCAGCGUAUCCGCAGCACAGCCCGCAAGACCCGGCGUGACAAGGAAGAGCUUCGGGCUCAGCGGCGACGCGAACGCUCCAAGACACCACCUAGUAACCUGUCACCCAUCGAAGAUGCAUCUCCCACAGAGGAGCUGAGGCAGGCAGCAGAGAUGGAGGAGCUACACCGCUCUUCCUGCUCCGAGUACUCCCCCUCCCCUUCCCUUGACUCAGAGACUGAGACCCUGGAUGGUGGCCCCACGCGACUCUACAAAUCGGGCAGCGAGUACAACCUGCCCGCCUUUAUGUCCCUCUACUCACCCACUGAGACACCUUCGGGCAGUUCCACCACGCCCAGUUCUGGACGGCCCCUAAAGAGCGCUGAGGAGGCCUAUGAGGAUAUGAUGAGAAAAGCCGAGCUGCUCCAGCGACAGCAGGGCCAGGUGGCAGGGGCUAGGGGGCCCCAUGGUGGCCCCGCUCAGCUCACAGGCCCCCGGGGGCACGGCUCUUUUGAAUAUCAAGACAUCCAAGACCAUGAUUAUGGCAGGGCUGCCCAGCCUGCUGCGGAAAGCACACCCGCAGGCCUCGGAGCAGCUGUCUACGAAGAGAUCCUUCAGACGUCACAGAGCAUAGCCCGCAUGCGGCAAGCCUCCUCGCGGGAUCUGGCUUUCACUGAGGACAAAAAGAAGGAGAAGCAAUUUCUGAACGCUGAGAGUGCAUACAUGGACCCAAUGAAACAAAAUGAUGGCCCACUGACCCCCGGCACUAGCCCUACCCAGCUCGCAGCUCCUGUGUCAUUCUCCACUUCUGCCUCCUCAGAUAGCAGUGGAGGCCGAGUUAUUCCCGAUGUUCGAGUCACUCAGCAUUUUGCAAAAGAGCCUCAGGAUCCUCUCAAGCUCCACAGCUCUCCUGGGUCCUCCAGCUUAGCCUCCAAGGAAGUAGGAAUGACCUUCUCCCAGGGCCCUGGGACUCCAGCCACCACGGUCAUGGCCCCUUGUCCAGCCAGCCUUCCCCGAGGGUAUAUGACGCCACCCUCUCCAGCUGGCUCAGAGCGUAUCCUGUCACCAUCUUCCACAGCACACAGCUAUGGACAGACCCCAACCACUGCUAACUAUGGGUCCCAAACGGAGGAGCUGCCCCAGGCUCCCAGUGGCCCUCCUGCAGGUGGACGGGCCCCCAGAGAGAAGCCUGUGAGUGGGGCUGAUGCUGAGGCUGGUGCCCCCCAGUCUUCUCGGGGAUAUUCUUACUUUACAGGUUCUAGCCCACCUCUGUCUCCAUCCACACCCUCAGAGAGCCCCACAUUCUCACCCGGCAAGCUGGGCCCAAGGGCCACAGCAGAGUUCUCUACACAGACACCAAGCCUAACACCUUCCUCGGACACUCCGCGGAGCCCUGGCACACCCUCCCCCAUGGUAGCCCAGGGCACACAGACACCACACCGACCGAGCACUCCUCGCUUGGUGUGGCAGCAGUCUUCCCAGGAGGCUCCUGUCAUGGUCAUCACGCUAGCGUCAGAUGCUUCUAGCCAGACCAGAACGGUACAUGCCAGUGCCUCUACUUCCCCACUGUGCUCACCUACUGACACUCAGCCCACCUCCCAUAGCUACAGCCAGACAACACCCCCAAGUGCAUCGCAAAUGCCGUCAGAACCAGCCGGGCCACCUGGUUUCCCACGAGCACCCAGUGCUGGUGCAGACGGACCCCUGGCACUGUACGGCUGGGGUGCCCUCCCCGCUGAAAACAUAUCCUUAUGCCGGAUCUCCUCUGUCCCUGGAACAUCUAGAGUGGAGCCAGGUCCCAGGCCCCCAGGCAGUGCAGUGGUGGACCUUCGCACAGCUGUCAAGCCCACGCCUAUUAUCCUCACGGACCAGGGUAUGGAUCUGACCUCUCUUGCGGUGGAAGCAAGGAAGUAUGGCCUUGCUCUGGAUCCAAUUCCAGGACGCCAGUCAACUGCUGUGCAGCCUUUGGUUAUCAACCUCAAUGCCCAAGAACAGACCCAUACCUUCCUGGCCACUGCCACGACUGUGAGCAUCACCAUGGCCUCAUCUGUGCUCAUGGCUCAGCAAAAGCAACCGGUGAUAUAUGGAGACCCUUUCCAGAGCCGCCUUGACUUUGGCCAGGGUUCAGGUAGCCCUGUAUGCCUGGCCCAGGUCAAACAAGUAGAGCAGGCUGUCCAGACAGCCCCAUACCGAGGUGGGCCCCGGGGAAGACCCAGGGAGGCCAAGUUUGCCAGGUAUAACCUUCCAAACCAGGUAGCACCUCUGGCCAGAAGGGACAUUUUGAUUACUCAGGUGGGCACCGCCCAGAGUGUUAGCCUCAAGCCAGGACCAGUGCCAGAGCCUGGUGGUGAACCCCACCGGGCUACACCUGCAGAGCUCCGGUCACAUGCUCUGCCGGGUGCCCGGAAGCCACACACGGUGGUGGUGCAGAUGGGAGAGGGCACAGCGGGCACCGUGACCACACUGCUCCCAGAAGAACCAGCAGGUGCCCUGGACCUCACCGGGAUGAGGCCCGAGAGCCAACUGGCAUGCUGUGACAUGGUCUACAAGUUUCCCUUUGGCAGUAGCUGCACUGGCACCUUCCAUCCUGCCCCCAGUGCACCUGACAAGAGUGUGGCAGAUGCUACCCUGCCCAGCCAAAGCAGUGGCCCCUUCUACAGUCCCAGAGACCCUGAGCCCCCUGAGCCCCUCACCUUCCGGGCACAGGGGGUGGUAGGACCUGGGCCCCAUGAAGAACAGAGGCCCUACCCACAGGGCCUGCCUGGAAGGUUAUAUUCCUCCAUGUCUGAUACCAAUUUGGCUGAAGCUGGCCUCAACUACCAUGCCCACAGGAUUGGGCAGCUCUUCCAGGGCCCUGGAAGAGAGUCAGCUGUGGACCUCAGCUCACUGAAGCACUCUUACAGCUUAGGUUUUGCAGACGGACGCUACUUAGGGCAGGGCUUACAGUACGGCUCAUUCACGGACCUGCGCCACCCCACAGACCUUCUAGCUCACCCACUUCCCAUGCGACGCUAUAGCUCAGUGUCGAACAUCUAUUCAGACCACCGGUAUGGCCCACGGGGAGAUGCAGUUGGCUUUCAGGAGGCCAGUCUGGCCCAGUACAGUGCCACCACAGCCCGAGAGAUCAGCCGUAUGUGUGCUGCCCUCAACUCCAUGGACCAGUAUGGCGGGCGGCACGGCAGUGGAAGUGGUGCACCUGACCUGGUGCAGUACCAGCCCCAGCAUGGGCCGGGACUCAAUGCCCCACAGGCUCUGGCUCCCCUCAGAUCUGGCCUCCUUGGCAACCCCACCUACCCAGAGGGGCAGCCAAGCCCUGGGAACCUUGCUCAGUAUGCGCCUGCAGCAAGCCAGGGAACCACAGUCAGACAGCUGCUCCCAUCCACAGCAACGGUGCGUGCAGCCGAUGGCAUGAUCUACUCAACUAUCAAUACCCCAAUUGCUGCAACCCUGCCCAUCACCACCCAGCCUGCCUCAGUACUGAGGCCCAUGGUGCGUGGUGGCAUGUACAGGCCUUAUGUAUCUGGUGGAGUCACGGCUGUGCCCCUCACAAGCCUGACCCGUGUGCCCAUGAUUGCUCCUCGGGUACCUCUUGGACCAGCAGGGCUAUACCGAUAUCCUGCACCAAGUCGAUUCCCUGUGGCUUCUAGCAUCCCACCUGCUGAAGGGCCUGUUUAUCUGGGAAAGCCUGCUGCUGCCAAGACCUCAGGGGCAGGGGGCCCGCCAAGGCCAGAGCUACCAGCAGGGGCUGCUCGUGAAGAACCUCUCUCCACAACUGCCCCUGCUGUCAUCAAGGAAGCCCCAGUAGCCCCUACCCCGGCCCCCGCACCUGGCCAGAAGCCACCAGUAGAUGCUGCUGCUGUAGGGGGUGGCAGUGGAGUCCUCAGCCGACCUGGGGCUGAGAAGGAGGAAGCAUCUCAGGAGGAACGGCAGCGGAAGCAACAGGAGCAGCUGUUGCAGCUGGAGCGGGAGCGGGUGGAGUUGGAAAAACUGCGACAGUUGCGGCUGCAGGAGGAGCUGGAGCGAGAAAGAGUAGAACUGCAGCGGCACCGUGAGGAAGAACAGCUGCUGGUGCAGCGAGAGUUGCAGGAGCUGCAGACCAUCAAGCAACACGUGCUGCAGCAGCAGCAAGAAGAACGCCAGGCUCAGUUUGCACUGCAGCGGGAGCAGCUGGCACAGCAGCGGCUGCAGCUGGAGCAGAUCCAGCAACUGCAGCAGCAGCUGCAGCAGCAGCUAGAGGAACAGAAACAGCGGCAGAAGGCCCCUUUUCCUCCAACCUGUGAAGCACCUAGCCGAGGGCCUCCAGCAGCUGCUACCGAGCUGGCCCAGAAUGGCCAGUACUGGCCACCAUUGACCCACCCAGCCUUCAUUGCCAUGGCAGGCACUGAAGGACCUGGGCAACCUCGUGAGCCAGUACUGCACCGGGGCCUCCCCAGCUCUGCCUCAGACAUGUCACUGCAAACUGAGGAGCAGUGGGAGGCAGGCCGCAGUGGCAUCAAGAAACGUCACUCAAUGCCACGCCUGAGAGAUGCCUGUGAGGCAGAGUCAGGACCCGAACCCUGCACGGUCAGGAGGAUUGCAGACAGCAGCGUUCAGACAGAUGAGGAGGAGGGUGAGGGCCGCUACAUUCUGACCCGGAGGCGCAGGACACGGCGCAGCACUGACUGUAGUGUGCAGACAGAUGACGAGGACAAUGCGGAAUGGGAGCAGCCUGUGCGCCGCCGCAGGCCUCGUCUUUCCCGCCACUCAGACUCAGGUUCUGACAGCAAGCAUGAUGCCACUGCCUCAUCCGCUGCUGCCACCACUGCAAGGGCCAUGAGCAGCGUAGGCAUCCAGACCAUUAGUGACUGCUCCGUACAGACGGAGCCUGACCAGCUGCCCAGGGUCUCUCCAGCCAUCCACAUCACUGCUGCCACAGACCCCAAGGUGGAGAUAGUCAGAUACAUAUCAGCCCCAGAAAAGACUGGGCGUGGGGAGAGUCUGGCCUGCCAGACAGAACCAGAUGGGCAGGCCCAGGGUGUAGCUGGGCCGCAGCUUAUAGGACCAACUGCCAUCAGCCCCUACCUGCCUGGCAUCCAGAUAGUCACCCCAGGACCCCUAGGCAGAUUUGAGAAGAAGAAGCCGGAUCCUCUGGAGAUUGGGUACCAGGCCCACCUGCCUCCGGAGUCCCUCUCACAGCUUGUGAGCCGCCAGCCUCCUAAGUCUCCACAAGUGCUCUACUCGCCAGUGUCGCCCCUGUCCCCACACCGGCUCCUGGACACCUCGUUUGCUUCCAGUGAGAGGCUGAACAAGGCUCAUGUGAGUCCCCAGAAGCACUUCAUCCCUGACAGCACUCUUCGCCAGCAGACCCUGCCUCGCCCCAUGAAGACCCUGCAGCGGUCCUUGUCUGACCCUAAGCCCCUCAGCCCCACCGCAGAGGAGUCCGCCAAAGAGAGAUUCUCCCUCUACCAGCACCAGGGGGGACUAGGUAGCCAGGUGUCGGCGCUACCACCCAACGGCCUGGUCCGCAAGGUGAAGCGGACACUGCCCAGCCCCCCUCCAGAGGAAGCUCACCUUCCCCUGGCUGGCCAGGUGCCCUCACAGUUGUAUGCAGCCAGUCUGCUGCAGCGAGGGUUGGCGGGGCCCACCACCGUCCCUGCUACCAAGGCCAGCCUGCUCCGGGAGCUGGACCGGGACCUGCGGCUGGUGGAGCAUGAGUCCACCAAGCUGCGCAAGAAGCAGGCGGAGUUGGACGAGGAGGAGAAGGAGAUUGAUGCCAAGCUCAAGUACCUAGAGCUGGGCAUCACCCAGCGCAAAGAGUCUUUGGCCAAAGACCGGGGUGGCCGUGACUAUCCACCUUUACGUGGCCUUGGUGAGCAUCGGGACUACCUGUCUGACAGCGAGCUCAACCAACUGAGGCUCCAGGGUUGUACCACGCCCGCUGGCCAGUAUGUGGACUACCCUGCCUCUGCUGCUGUGCCUGCCACCCCCUCUGGCCCCACUGCCUUCCAACAGCCCCGCUUCCCACCUGCAGCCCCACAGUACCCUGCAGGCGGUAGUGGACCAACUCAGAAUGGAUUUCCAGCCCACCAGGCACCCACCUACACUGGCCCUAGCACAUACCCAGCUCCUACUUUCCCUCCUGGAACCAGUUAUCCUGCUGAGUCUGGCCUGCCAAGCCAGCAGGCUUUCCACCCCACAGGCCAUUAUGCAGCCCCAACUCCCAUGCCAACCACACAGAGCACCCUUUAUCCAGCCCAAGCUGACAGUCGUGCCCCGCUCCAGAAGCCACGUCAGACCUCACUAGCUGACUUGGAGCAGAAGGUACCCACCAAUUAUGAGGUGAUCACCAGCCCUGCUGUAACCAUGUCAUCAGCCCCCUCUGAAACCAGCUACAGCGGUCCAGCAGUGAGCAGCAGCUAUGAGCAAGGGAAAGCCCCAGAGCUUCCCCGGGGCAGUGACCGAAUCAGUGUGAGCCAGAGCCCAGCCCCUACUUAUCCCUCCGACUCCCAUUACACCAGUCUGGAGCAGAAUGUUCCUCGAAACUAUGUGAUGAUUGAUGACAUCAGUGAGCUGACGAAGGACAGCACCCCCACUGCCACAGAUAGCCAACGGCUGGAGCCUUUGGGGCCAGGUGGAGUCAGUGGGCGUCCUGGGAAAGAGCCUGGAGAACCAGCUUCCCUUGAGGGACCCACACUGCCCUGCUGCUAUGGCAGAGGUGAGGAGGAAUCUGAGGAGGACUCAUAUGACCCCCGUGGGAAAUCGGGUCAUCACCGGAGCAUAGAGAGCAAUGGCCGACCAGCUGGCACCCACUAUUAUGGCGACAGUGACUACAGACAUGGGGCUCGAGCCGAGAAGUAUGGUCCAGGGCCCAUGGGGCCCAAGCAUCCUUCUAAGAGUCUGGCCCCAGCUGCCAUCUCCUCAAAGCGUAGCAAGCACCGGAAGCAAGGCAUGGAACAGAAGAUCUCCAAGUUCUCACCCAUUGAGGAGGCCAAGGAUGUGGAGUCAGACCUGGCCUCCUAUCCUACACCCACUGUGAGCAGCAGCCUGACCUCUCGGGGCAGAAAGUUCCAGGAUGAAAUCACCUAUGGGCUCAAGAAGAAUGUGUAUGAACAGCAGAGGUACUACGGGGUGUCCAGCCGGGAUGCCGCAGAGGAGGACGACCGCAUGUAUGGUGGGAGCAGCCGGUCCCGGGUGGCAUCUGCAUACAGUGGGGAGAAGCUGUCUAGCCACGAUUUCAGUGGCAGAGGCAAAGGGUAUGAACGGGAACGGGAGGCUGUGGAAAGACUUCAAAAGGCGGGCCCCAAGCCCUCAUCCCUGAGCAUGGCCCACGGCCGGGCACGACCCCCCAUGAGGAGCCAGGCCUCUGAAGAGGAGAGCCCUGUCAGCCCCUUAGGGCGGCCCCGCCCUGCAGGGGGCACUCUUCCUCCUGGGGAUACCUGCCCACAGUUCUGCUCCAGCCACUCCAUGCCUGACGUCCAGGAACAUGUCAAGGAUGGACCACGGGCCCACGCAUAUAAGCGUGAAGAAGGCUACAUUCUGGAUGAUUCCCACUGCGUGGUUUCUGACAGUGAAGCGUAUCACCUGGGCCAGGAGGAGACAGAUUGGUUUGAUAAGCCCCGAGAUGCCCGCUCCGACCGGUUCAGGCACCAUGGGGGUCAUGCAGUCUCCUCCUCCCAGAAGCGAGGCCCUGCCAGGCACAGCUACCAUGACUAUGAUGAGCCCCCUGAGGAAAGCCUGUGGCCUCAUGAUGAGGGCGGUCCAGGCCGCCAUGCCUCAGCUAAGGAACACCGGCACCACAGUGACCACGGGAGGCACUCAGGCCGCCAUGCUGGUGAGGAACCAGGACGGCGUGCUGCUAAACCACAUGCUCGGGACAUGGGUCGCCACGAGACCCGGCCUCACCCUCAGGCCAGCCCUGCCCCUGCCAUGCAGAAGAAGGGUCAGCCUGGGUACCCCAGCUCUGCUGACUACUCACAGCCUUCCCGUGCUCCGUCAGCAUACCACCAUGCCUCCGAGAGCAAGAAGGGCUCCCGGCAGACCCACUCGGGGCCCACUGCAAUGCAGCCAAAGGCAGAACCCCAGUCACAGCCACAGAUGCAGGCUCGGCAGGCAGCUCCAGGACCACAACAGACACAGUCACCAUCGUCCAGGCAGAUGCCCCCAGGCACGGCAUCCCGCCAAUCACAGAUGCAGCAGCAGCAGCAACAGCAGCCACAGCAACAGCAAGGUGUGGGGCAGCAAGCUCCACAGCAGACUCCAUCACAGGCUCGGCUGCAGCAACAGAGCCAGCCAACCACCCGGGGCUCAGCCCCUGCUGCCAGUCAGCCAGCAGGGAAACCUCAGCCAGGCCCUACCACAGCCCCAGGGCCCCAGCCAGCAGGACUGCCACGUGCAGAACAGGCAAGCAGCUCCAAAGCGGCAGCCAAAGCGCCCCAACAGGGGAGAGCUCCUCAGGCCCAGCCAGCUCCAGGACCUGGACCCACAGGGGUGAAACCUGGAUCCAGGCCUGGAGGGACCCCAGGAGCGUCCGCUGGUCAGACAGGGGCAGAUGGGGAGAGUGUAUUCUCCAAGAUCCUCCCUGGUGGGGCAGCAGAGCAAGCUGGGAAGCUGACAGAAGCUGUCUCUGCUUUUGGCAAAAAAUUUUCCUCGUUCUGGUGAUUGUGUCCAGAAGGGCUCCUGAAGAUCUGAAGAAAGAUGAUAUCAUUGCUGUGGAAAAAUCUCUGGAGUCAAAGGCCUGGGCGCAGCUCUGGACUCUGCGUAUAACAGUGAGUGUCAGGGGCAGCUUAUGGUACCUGAAAUGUGGGUGAAG